GGAAUCUCCAAAGUCGAGAAGCAAGCAAGGAACUUUCCUCUCCUCUCUCUCCUCUGUCUCCAGAGAGCUCUCUUCUUCCACCGCCGCAUUCGCUGCGCCUCGUCAUCGGCGACCUCACCGCCGGCGACGGCCACGCCACAAGCCGGCCGCCAUCCCUUCCACGGAAGUCUUCUAACAUAGGGAGGCGUCGACCCUCCUCCCCCUCCUGCUGCUGCUCCUCGCCACCGCCCUCCCCUGGUUUCGAACCGGCGUGGGGGUGGAGAUCCAUCCGCCCUUGGAUCGGUUUCCUCCUUUGUUGGCUGGAGCGGCUCGAUUUGCUCGCCAAGAAUUCAGAUUUUGGAGUGACGCUUGCCUUCCUUGGCAUGACAAUGUACUAGGGUUUACUGUUCAGUAAGAGGCUAGUAGCUCUGCUACUCGGAAGCGGACAACCGUUCUCAGAAGCUCUUUGAAGCUGGUGUUGGGUGGAUUUUUACUAAUCUGGGUGAUAGCAUGAUAAAGCAAUUCCUUGGACGGCUCCCUAAGAAGCCGUCCAAAUCCGGGGAUAAGGAUCCUAUUGGCAGGCCCAGCCCCUCGGUGUCACACCCGCCAUUGGGUCCAAGAACUGCAGACAGGACUUCCAAUUCGAGUAGCCAGCCACCGGUUAUCUCCAGCUCUGGGCUCAGUUAUGGGAGUGGCAUGCAUGUCGGCAAUGCAAACUCGAGGGUGAACAUGAAUGGUGAUUCAGCCUCAUCUGCCUUUGUGUCCUUACCAAGCUUUAAGGAUGUGCCCAACUCAGAGAAACAGAGCUUGUUCAUCAAGAAGUUGAACUUGUGCUGCACCCAAUUUGACUUCACCGAUCCAACAAAGAACAUAAAGGAGAAGGAAAUAAAGAGGCAAAAUUUAGUGGAGCUCGUUGACUAUAUUGGCUCCGCCAGUGGGAAAUUUUCUGAGGCAAGCAUGCAAGAGAUCACUAAGAUGGUUUCUGCAAACCUGUUCAGGACACUGAGUACCCCUCCCAGAGAGAACAAAGUGGAUGGCUUUGAUCUGGAUGAGGAGGAGCCUGUCAUGGAUCCUGCAUGGUCGCACUUACAGAUUGUUUAUGAGUUGUUCUUGAGGUUCAUUCAGUCUCCAGAGACUGAUGCCAAGUUGGCUAAAAGAUACAUCGAUCAUUCGUUUGUUCUGAGGCUACUUGACCUCUUUGAUUCUGAAGACCCUAGGGAGAGAGAGUACCUCAAGAUGAUACUCCACCGUGUCUAUGGAAAGUUCAUGGUUCAUCGACCAUACAUUAGGAAAGCCAUCAACAACAUCUUCUAUCAGUUUAUCUAUGAAACUGAAAAGCACAAUGGAAUUGCAGAGCUACUGGAGAUUUUGGGAAGUAUCAUCAAUGGGUUUGCAUUGCCACUUAAGGAAGAGCACAAAUUGUUCCUUGUUCGAGCUUUAAUUCCACUUCACAAGCCAAAGGGCAUUUCAAUGUAUCAUCAGCAGUUGUCUUACUGCAUCACCCAGUUUGUCGAAAAGGAUUGCAAACUUGCAGAUACAGUUAUCAGAGGCCUAUUGAAAUAUUGGCCCAUCACAAACAGCUCCAAGGAGGUGAUGUUUCUGGGAGAGUUGGAGGAGAUAUUGGAAGCUACACAACCUGCAGAGUUCCAGAAAUGCAUGGUCCCUCUUUUCCGCCAGAUUGCACGGUGCCUGAAUAGCUCACACUUUCAGGUUGCUGAGCGAGCGUUAUUUUUGUGGAACAAUGACCAUAUCGAGAGUUUGAUCAAACAAAAUAGUAGGGUCAUAUUACCUAUCAUCUUUCCUGCACUGGAGAGGAAUACCAACGGGCACUGGAACCAAGCUGUUCAAAGCCUCACUCUAAAUGUUCGAAAACUGUUCUCUGACCAUGAUGCUGGACUAUUCACUGAGUGUCUGCGGAAAUAUGAGGAGGAGAAAGCCAAGGAGAAGGAGGUUAAGUUGAAGCAAGAAGCCACAUGGAAACGCCUUGAAGAGAUUGCAUCAGCGAAAGCAACAAGUGGAACUGCAGUGCUCGUCUCUCGACCCUUGCCCCGUCAAUCGUCAGCCGUGUAGCGAGUCAAAUCAUUCAUGUGGUAAACAGAUGAGCUUCUCUUUGUUAGUUUCUAAGUUUGGGCAAGUGUUUCCUGACGUAUGAAUUUCUCGGAUUGUUAGGUGUUCAUGAAACGUUGUACAGGAUUGAGUUGUAUAUACGAGGUAUAUUAAGGUGGGCAAAUUGACAAAAGAUCUGAGAAGCCAGAUGGGUUUAGGCACAGUAGCAUCAUUUUCUUGGUCCUGAGUCCUGGUUUCUUUUGGCAUGCUGAGAUCUGCAGUUGAUUGCUGUAUCAUUUAUUUGCCUUGUCUGAAGUUGGUUACGAUUUGUAUCA